GUGGCUUGUCGCCAUAUUGAAUCAAGUGUACGCCGUGAACAGAGUAGGGAAGCUGAGGCAAUAUCCAGGUUGACCAAAAAAUUAAGAAGAAUGAUUAAUUAUCUAAUUUAUAAUCACUAAGCCAAUCUCUCUAUUACUCUUACGCACUUAAAAUAAAGAAUUAGUGUAAUUGCAGCUCCAAAUAAGUGUUCAGUAAGACAAUUCAUCUGAAUUCUGUCCCCGGGCUAACGUUCGGAGUAGACAAUGGCCCUUAAAAGUGAAACUGCAUCGCCUCCUAACGGCAUGGUUAAUGUUAUCAACCAAGAAAGUGGUGGAGGUGCUGAUGAUUUGGAGGACGGAGAAAUAUUUGAUGAUGAUGAAGAUAUACCUAUACCAACUGCAACAGCCAGCCCUCCUGUUCCUCCUCCUCCACCAUCUAUCUCGCUCAUUGAUGAGAAAAGGCGGUUAAGCCCUCUUCGAAGGCCUCUUCCUACUCGCCCUAGGAGGCCAAAAAGAACAAGGGAGGAUGAUAGACCUUUUAGAAACAGUAAACAAAGGAGACGUAGUGAUGAAACAGAAAAAAGAGAAAAAAAUUUAGAGGAAGAUGAUCUCAUGAGAGAUAUCUCGCCACUUCGAGGAACGGAUUGGGAUAGAAUCAACCAUAGAUCAGGUUUCAUGGAUGAUGGAAUGGAUGACGAGGAUGAUGAACUUGGGAGGAGAGGGAGAGGAUUUGGAAGUAGUCGGUCCAGGAGGGGCAGAAAUAAUCGAGGGACUAGGAGAGGGGGACGAAGAGAAAACACUCAAAUGUGCAAAUUUUUUUUGCAAGGAAAAUGUCAAAGGGGAUUAGAAUGUCCAUUUGCUCACUCUCACUGUCAACAAACUCGAAAAUUUGAACUUUGUAAGUUUUAUAUGAUGGAUUGUUGUGCCAAAAAAGACAAAUGUCUCUUUAUGCAUUCAGAAUUUCCUUGUAAAUACCACUACCUUGGGAAGAAGUGCUAUGCCGGUAAAAAAUGCAAAUUUUCUCAUGGAAAAAUAUCUUCUCAGCUGAGGGCAGCACUGAUAAGGAUCUUGAUUUUAGUGUGAUUUUCUACAAGAAAAAGAAGAAUCCAGAUCUAGACGUGAUAGAGAUAGAGAUAGGGAGAGGGAUAAAGACAGAGAUCACCGAGAAUAUCGUGAGCGUGAUAAAAGAGAAGAUAAAGAGAAAUCGGGCGCCAAUUAUAAGUCUGAUCAUAGGCAAGCAUCAGAUGAUGAAGAAGGAAACCGGACACCAAUGCCUUCACCUUCACAAGAUAACUCUAGUGAUAGGGAUUCAAGAUCUCGAACUCCUGAGCUUGAAGACCAACUCAGUGAUCAUAGUAAUAAAUCAGAUGGUCCUUUACCUGAUCCCAAAGAUAGUGGAAUUGGUGAAGACAUUACUGAUUCAAUUCCUGCAGACUUACCUAAGCGACAGAGGGAACUUUAUAAAAGGAUUCAACAACAACAGAGAGAAGUUGAAAAUAUACAGCCUGGAGAAGGUAAUGAAGAGAGAGAUGAAGACUACAAAGAGGAGGAUUGGUACUCAUCAGAAGAUGAAGACAGUAGUAAAAAAAUGGAACCCUUGGCUGCAAUACUCAAUAAGUUGAAGCAAAAACCCUCUAUUCAACUUGUUCAAGCAUCUGAUAGUCAGCCUAUCAUUGGUCAUUCGACCACGUUGCCCCCAACAUCACAAUCAUCUAUUAUUGUGCCUCCUAUAUUACCAGACAUUGAUAUUAAUGCUGUUUCCAAGUUGCUCUCUUCAGUUAGAGAAACUAUCCAACAAAAACAAAGUAUUGAAAGCCAAAACAAGAGUCAAGUAACCUCGAAUUCAGUGGCUGCUCCGACUCAAAAUCAACCAUCCUCAUUACCACCUCUUGGUUCUUUAGUUCCUGACUCAGUACCAUCAGUUGAGAAGAGGAGAGUGAGAGACCCUCGUUUAAGAGGAAAUGUGGCUGAUGAUGAUGUUGAUCUCAGAAUGGCUCCUCAAGGAGAUGUAGAUCUACGACAGCUUCCUUUUAAGCCAGCUCCUGUUCACACUCCGGCGAAUGAAAUAGAUGCUUCUAUUACUUCACAUCCUCCUGUUCCCUAUAAACUAAUUCCUUUCAUAGUGGCACCACCUGACUAUUCAGAUAUUACUUCAAAGUAUGUGAAUGAUCCACGACUUAGGAGAAAUAAUCCUGGAGCCAUGGUGAUACUUCAGCCAGCUCUUAUGCAACCAGUACCCUUAAGGCCGACUCUAGAACCAAGAGAUCCUAGGCAAAGAAGUCUUUUAGCUAAUGACCCUAGAAGAAAAUCAUCUGUACUGCUACAAAGAGAUUCUGAUCUAAGGCAACCUCCUCAGCAUUUUCCACAGCUUGGAGAUGUUGAUUUAAGAAUGCAUCCUCCUGCCCCCCACUUAGCUUUCAAAUAAAAAAGGUUGCUAUUAAUGUAACCUUUAUUAGGGUUUUCUGUAUAUUUUUGUACAUUAUGAAUUGCAUGAUAGAAAUUUAAUUGCUAGGAUUGUAAAUACAUUUGAUGAAGAGACUUUAUUUUGUGUAAGACCACUUCAUAGCAAGUUCCAAACUAGUUGGGUCUGUACACAACUUGUAAUGUAAUUAUUGAAAUAUGUUAAAUAAACUCCUUUUAAGUUUUAUUUUUGUUAUGUUUUAUGGAAUCUUCAUAAACCAUAUGCUCAAAAUCUUUGAGAAGUAGAAUGGUAAACACUAUAUGCUUAUGCUCAAAAUACUUUAUUUAAGAUAAUAUUUUUAAGAAUAAUUAUUAUUGUUUCUUUUUAAUUUAAUUGCCAUGACUACUAAAUUUUUUUAAUGUAAAUAGAAACUUUUUUAUAAUGUAAUAGUAGCAAUAAAUUUAAACGAAAAUAAUUUAUUUCUAUAAUAAAGAUAUUUUAUAGACAUUUAUAUA